AUGGCUGGACUGGGACUGGAAAAUCGAAACAUCCCUGAUUCCUCUAUAACGGCUUCCAGUAUGAACAGCGCUACCUACAGUCCAACUCUGGGUCGCCUUCAUCAUUAUUACGGCUGGAUAGCUGGUACCUCCAACCAACAGCAAUGGUUUCAAGUGGACCUUGGAGGCUGGACCAAGGUGACCAGGGUAUCUACCCAAGGGAGGCAGAACGCAGCACAGUGGGUUACAAAGUACAAACUCGCUUAUAGUUACGAUGGAGUGUUCUACGAGGAAUACAAAGAAGACAGCGGCCAAGUCAAGGAAUUCGAAGGCAACACGGACCAAUAUAUGGUUGUCAGCCAUCUCCUGAAGAAGUCCAUAGUAACACGAUACAUCCGAAUCAUUCCAGUCUCUUGGCAGGGCGUCAUUGCCUUAAGAGCUGACUUUUAUGGAUGCAAGUCAGGUUUUGACAUCCCUAAGAUAGUGUGCGCUUCCCCUCUUGGAAUGGAAGACGGCCAAAUACCAGAUUCAGCCAUUGUAGCAUCGUCACGUUAUAACCAAUAUUGGGGACCAGAGCGAGGAAGACUAAACGAGAAAACAGAAGGUAACAGCUUGGCUUCAAGAGUGUGUCGUUUUGCGCGUAGACCUUUCCCUUGGGAUUGCCCUUUGCGUCCUGCAAGAAAAAUGUUGUGUCUGCCAUGUAAUAUAACACUCCAUUUAUUCUGCAUUGAUUUAGGGAGUUUUCACGGAGGAUGGAUAUCCCAAUACCCGGAUGCUAAUCAGUUCUUACAGAUUGACUUGGGCAAGGUUACCAAGGUAACCAGAAUCGCUACUCAAGGGCGAUAUGAUUCAGGCUGGUGGUCAAAAACUUAUACCCUGGCAUACAGUGUAGAUGGCGGAACAUUCGUUUCAUACAAUAAUGGCCAGGUACGUGACAUUUCCUAUCCAGCUAUUCUUUUGGCUUAUCCCCCUUUCCCAUUCGUACGCGGGAGGAGUGUUCUGCAAGGAAACACAGACAAUGUGAAUGCCGAAGGCCGUAUCCUUCAUCCCCCAAUCAUUGCCAGAUUUAUCAAGAUCAACGUUAAAACAUACCAAGGAUACCCUUCAUUGAGAGUGGAGUUUUAUGGCUGCAGGCAAGGUAUGCCCAAUUUGAAAGGAAAUUUGUUCUGGAGAAAAAGCUGUGCAUGCGAGUGUAAAGGCUCAAAAAGCAAUUAAUUUUAAGAACAUGUUAGAUUACUAGCAUUUUUAUACCCGAGGUAGACGUUUGGACAAGAACUUUAUUCUAGACAUUCUACCAUUUGGUAAUUUGUCGCUGAAAAAUAUAACACAAAUCUACAGUAUUGAAUGAAGCAGUCGCCACUUUGUUCAUAAUUCAACCAAGAGUCAUAACCUUACAGUGCUUUAUAGGAACAGUUCGUGAUUACGAAUUUACUUUACUACCACCUCAGUUAAUUUCAGUUUAUUUCACCUCAGUUAAUAGGAACAUUUCAAAUUUGAAUU